AUGGGAAAAGUGGUGGGAAUAAGGCGUGGUUCGGUAUAUGACGUAGAAACAGUAAAAUCAAAUUCAGAAUUCAUUAUGACAUUAUUUGGAGCAAAUUUAUGGCCCAGCAAAUACGAUUCGAUUUGGUUAACCAAUGCGGACCGUUGUGUGGAUUCGUUUCGCUUAAAAAAAGCUGUUUACUACAUGAAUGUAGUUGAUAAAUUUUCUUACGAAAACGCAUUGGUAGUAGAACUGAAAGAUGGCAUUCCUGAAGAUGACCACUUAUAUUUAUUAUGUGUUAAACCAUCAUUCUCCAACGAAGCGAUUGCAGCCAAUAUACGUGUGGAAAUGUUAGCAUCACAGAAUCCUUAUUGGAUGCCUUUCUCAUUGCAAACAAUGACUCUUAUUAUCGUAUUUAUGUUAACAAUGAGUGCGCUUUUUUCGGGCCUUAAUUUAUCGUUCACAUCGGUUGCAAUUAGCGAAUUAAACAUUAUUAUUCGUAUGGGCGAUCCAUAUAAAAGUCACUUGGCGAAAAAUAUCAUACCAGUACGCAAACAUCUCAACUGGCUCAUUUGUACGUUUGCAACAAGUAAUGCAAUCAUUAAUUGUGGAUUAUCAUUGCUAUUCGAAAAUUUCCUUCAAUACGUAAGUGAUGGUAGAUUACCAUUUCUUCCAUUAACACUUGUGACAUGUAUUAUUAUUAUUAUUUUUGGUGAAAUAUUCCCGCUGGCAAUAUGUAAUCGAAGAGGCUUGCAAGUUGCCAGCAAGACACGUUAUAUCACCUGGCUUGCAAUGAUUGUUUUAUCACCUGUUGCUUGGCCAAUUUCGAAGAUUUUAGAUAUUGCCCUUGGAUCUAAAGGAUGCGAAGUGUACGAUAGAAGUAAAAUAGAAUUUUUAAUUCUGGAAGCAGCAAGGACAAGUUCUGCAGUUUUUUCCGAAAUUCUAAAGAAUGCGAUCAAUCUGCCAAGAAUUCGAGUUGGUAAUGUAAUGACGCGAAUUGAUGAAGCAUUUCUCUUAUCAACAACAGAUGCCCUCGAUAAUAAACUGAUUCUUUCGAUCGUAGAAAAAGGCUACAGUCGUAUACCAGUUUAUGAAGGUUCAAAAAGAAGUAAGGUCAUUGCAGUACUAAAUGUCAAAGAUCUCAUCACAACUGACUUCAACAAAAGCAUUGCAGUCAUUGAUAUACUAAAGAAAUUAAAUUAUUUAAAACAGGUCCGUUUUGUGUGCGAGGAAAUGCAAGUAAAACCUUUACUAAACGAAAUGGAAGGGCAGGAUUUUGCAUUCGAACCAAAAGGUUAUAUAUCACAUCUAGCAAUGGUGGUGAAAUAUGAUAGUAAAAGUUACAGUCUUGUUGGCCUGAUAACACUCGACGAUAUCAUUGAAGAAAUAUUUGGAGAAAUGAAAAAAAUUCAGAAACAAUGCAAUGAUUCAGGCUCAACAAACUCAGUUUAUUUUAUCCAAAAUAUUGCUCAGGAAUUGUCGUUCGAUAUUCAGACAAUGCGUCGACUUUUCAAUUUAUGCCAAAUUCAUAGCCCAUCUGGCAGAGUGAAAAAAUCCACCGUUUAUAAACAAGGAUAUCCAUCCAGAUCGAUAACGGUAAUGCUGACAGGCGAGGCAUUUUAUGAGAACAUGAUAGGUGUUCGCGUAGCUGCCACUCCACUUGAACUGGGUGUCGAACUUAUCGAGCAAAUAUAUAUGCUAUGUCUUGAUAAGGGUAUCUUUGUGGAUUUAAGCAAUUUAUAUUUCAUACCGCUGAAAACAGUUUACGUGGAACCGCCAUUCCAUUAUAUUAAGAUCACGGUGCGCGCUAUAUUGGCAGCAAUGCAAAUAACGGAAGUGAAUGAAUAUCGUCGUGAAGUAAGCGAGGCGCGAGAUAUAAAAGAAGUGAAGUUUAGCACAUUGUCAACUGGACAAAAAUCAACCCUCAAUAAGAAGACACAAAGACUUGAUUCAACACAAAGUAUGAGCGCACCUAGCACAGAAGGUACAGCGAAGUGUAAAACCAAUAAAUCGUCACUUGGCUUAACCACAACCGAAUCAUUCACACCAGAGAAAACCUCGUGA